CUCAUAUAAAAAGGCAGGGAUACGAGUCAGAGUUCGUAAGAGAAUAGGAAACCAAUGAUUCCCAUAUGUCCAGUAGUCUCCUUCACCUAUGUGCCCAGCCGGCUAGGUGAAGAUGUCAAAAUGGCUACCGGCAACUACUUUGGAUUUACCCAUGGUGCUGCUGCGGCCCAGUACAGUCAGCAGCCGGCCGCUGGGGUAGCAUACACCCACCCCACAACAGUGGCCAGCUAUACUGUACAUCAAGCACCUGUGGCGGCACACACGGUGGCAGCAGCCUACGCCCCUACAGCCGCCACGGUUGCUGUUGCUAGGCCUGCACCAGUUGCAGUAGCUGGUGCAUCCUCCGCUUAUGGAGGAUACCAGCCAGCCCACGCUGCCACGGAUUAUGGGUAUGCACAGAGACAGCCGGAGGUACCCCCACCACCGCCUCCUGUUACCUCACAAAACUACCAGGACUCCUAUUCAUAUGUGCGGUCCACAGCUCCGGCUGUAGCGUAUGACAGUAAACAAUACUACCAGCAACCUGCAGCUACACCGGCUGUAGCCGCUGCAGCAGCCCAGCCACCACCCACUGUGGCCGAAUCCUACUAUCAGACAGCCCCUAAAACUGGAUACAGCCAAGGCGCCACUCCGUACACCCAGACCCAGCAAACGCGUCAGGUUACAGCCAUAAAGCCAGCCACCCCUAGACCUGCCACCUCAACCUUCUCCAUUUACCCAGUGUCCUCUGCUGUACAGCCGGUUGCAGCUGCGGCGGCUGCCUCUGUAGUCCCGUCAUACUCUCAGAGUCCCACCUACAGCACCAAUGCAGUCACAUACUCUGGAACGUCAUACUCUGGCUAUGAAGCUGCAGUGUAUUCAGCUGCCUCCUCCUACUAUCAGCAGCAGCAGCAACAGCAGCAGAAACAGGCGGCCGUCGCCGCAGCAGCCACUGCCGCGUGGACAGGCAGCACUUAUACAAAGAAAACUCCCUUGCAGAACAAAACACUCAAACCUAAACAGCCCCCUAAACCACCACAGAUACACUACUGUGAUGUCUGCAAGAUCAGCUGUGCUGGACCCCAGACCUAUAAGGAGCAUCUGGAGGGUCAGAAGCACAAAAAGAAGGAAGCCGCAUUGAAGCUGUCACAGAGCAGCAGUAGCAGCAGCGGAGGUGGGAGCUCCGCCCGCGGCACACAGAAUCAGCUACGCUGUGAGCUCUGUGACGUCUCCUGUACUGGAGCUGAUGCGUACGCCGCGCACAUUAGAGGAGCCAAACACCAGAAGGUUGUGAAAUUGCAUACCAAACUAGGAAAGCCAAUACCAUCCACAGAGCCCAGUGUUGUUUCCCAAUCCUCCACCUCCAGUACAGCUGCUUCUAAUAAAACUGCCAGCUCCAACAUCAGCAGCUCCACAGGCACAUCGUCCAAUCUCUCUGCUUCCUCUGUUUCUGCCUCUUACUUAAAAUCUGGCAGCAUGGUCAACAACAUGGCAGCUUCAGCUGCACAGGGCAAGAGCCCAGUGCCCAACAGUGUCUCGGCCAACAGCACCUCUGUCAAGAAGGUCAACACACCCAAGAUCAACUUUGUUGGUGGAAACAAGUUACAGACCACUGCUGUUAAAAAUGAAGAAUCCAAGAUGGAGGCAGCUAAAACAGCACAGUCCGCAGUGUCUGCACAACCAUCGGACCCAAAGAAUGAAAUGCCUGACCCUCUGUCACCUCAAUCAGCACUUGCAGCCCUGCAGAGUGAUGUUCAGCCCGUUGGACACGAUUAUGUUGAAGAGGUAAGGAAUGAUGAAGGAAAGGUUAUCCGGUUCCACUGCAAACUGUGUGAAUGCAGUUUCAAUGACCCGAAUGCCAAAGAAAUGCAUUUGAAAGGAAGGAGACAUCGACUGCAGUAUAAGAAAAAGGUGAACCCAGAACUCCAGGUGGAAGUGAAACCUAGCAUCCGAGCCAGGAAAAUCCAAGAGGAAAAGAUGAGGAAGCAGAUGCAAAAGGAAGAAUACUGGAGAAGACGUGAAGAGGAGGAGCGCUGGAGGAUGGAGAUGAGGCGCUAUGAAGAGGACAUGUAUUGGCGACGUAUGGAGGAAGAACAGCACCACUGGGAGGAAAGGCGCAGAAUGCCUGAUGGAAGUUAUCCACAGGGUCCACCUGGACCUCCUGGUCUUCUUGGAGUGAGGCCUGGGAUGCCCAUUCCUCAACCACAAGGACCAGUGCCUCCACGUCGCCCUGAUUCCUCAGAUGAUCGUUAUGUGAUGACCAAACAUGCAGCUAUUUACCCAUCUGAGGAUGAGCUCCAGGCCAUCCAGAAGAUCGUAUCAAUCACUGAACGAGCACUUAAGCUUGUCUCUGACAUCAUCACAGACCAAGAUGCAAGUGCAGAGGGCAAAGAAGAGGACAAAGAAAAGAAAGAGCCUCCCAAAGACAGAGUGCUGAAGGGAGUGAUGCGGGUAGGCGUUCUUGCCAAAGGGCUGCUUCUACGUGGAGACAAAAAUGUCAACCUGGUCCUCCUUUGUUCUGAGAAGCCGACCAAGAAUCUGCUAACACGCAUUGUGGAACAUCUUCCCAAACAGCUCACGGUGGUAACUCCGGAGAAAUAUGAGGUAAAAGGCUCCGUCCAAGAGGCUGCCAUUAUCCUUACCUCCUCCGCUGAGCCCAAGAUGCAGGUGACCAUCACCCUCACCUCGCCCGUCAUCCGAGAGGAAAACACCCGGGAUGGAGAUGUAACCUCGAGUAUGGUGAAAGACCCAGCGGACGUCUUGGACAGGCAAAAAUGCCUUGACGCUCUGGCUGCCCUACGCCACGCUAAGUGGUUCCAGGCUAGGGCUAAUGGACUCCAGUCAUGUGUGAUUGUCAUUCGAAUACUGCGUGACCUUUGUCAGCGAGUACCCACCUGGUCUGCCUUUCCUAGCUGGGCUAUGGAGCUGCUGGUGGAGAAGGCCAUCAGCAGUGCCUCUGGACCAAUGAGCCCUGGAGAUGCUCUUCGAAGAGGCUUUGAAUGUAUUUCCUCAGGCAUUCUGCUGUCUGGUGCUCCAGGAUUGAUAGACCCCUGUGAGAAGAAUCCAACAGAUACACUGGCUACCAUGGAAGAACAGCAGAGAGAGGACAUUACAUCAAGCGCUCAGUUUGCCUUGAGGCUGCUGGCGUUCCGUCAGAUUCACAAGGUUCUGGGUAUGGACCCCUUGCCCCAGAUGAACUCGCGCUUCAACGUACGGAAUAACCGCAAGAGGCGACGUGACAACAGCGACGGGACCGAUGGAUUUGAAGCUGAAGGGAAGAAAGACAAGAAGGACUACGAGGGGUUCUGAAGUGCACUACAGUACAACUAGCCCUGCUCUCCCUGCGCCCAUUAUAAAUCCUGUUCAUUCCAGGAAUACGAAAUGUUGUUUCUUUUGACCUCUGUGCAUGCUGAUUACUACUCUU